UAUGGAAAGAAAGUAUAGGUAUAAACAGAGCUAUCAAAAGAGGAAAAAGGCCCAGAGUCAACAGUACUGCCCAAGUAGAAGCUAACUCCAUAGUAGAAGAUAAAGGACUAACAAGAAAUUCUGAUGCAGUGGAAAGCCAUUUAAAAAAGCAACAAAAAAGGCGAAUGAAAGUGUCAAAAGAAGAAGUUGUAACGUUAAAUGGAGUGAAAAGACAUAGAAGCUCAAAAGACUCUUUAGUAGAUAAUGAAGUUGCAUCAUCAAGUCAUCCGAGCAAGAGACGAAAAGAGAAUGAAGAAGGAGCCGAAUUAUUGAAAUACUAA